AUGGAGAUCGAUCCGCGCCUGCGUCCGGGCAGCGAUAAUAGCCCUCCAGAGGGAGUGGGAACGAACCAUGCUUACCUUCCCUCACCUGCUACUCGACAAGCCGAUCCCGCUCCUCUGUCUUCCCAUCCGACGAAUGAUUAUCCCGACCCUCCUUCCCAGAUCUCCCCGAAUGAACAGCUGCAUUCUGCGACCUCGACCUCUAGCGACCCCAGCUACUACGGCACCUCAGUCACACAACCUCAGUCCACUCAUACUCUAUACCAAGCGAGCCCUGGAAGCAUCAUUGGCAGUACACAUAGGUUCGAAUCGAUCGAUCCCAAUGAUCCUUAUUCCGAGCUGAAACGACCACGCGCAUGUGAAUCAUGUCGGCAGUUGAAGGUCCGGUGCGAACCUGACAUGAGCAACCCGAACGCAUCCUGUAAACGGUGUGCCAAAGCUGGAAGAUCCUGUGUCGUUACGGUCCCAACGCGUCGACGCCAAAAGAAGACGGAUAGUCGCGUCGCGGAAUUAGAGCGGAAGAUUGACGCAUUGACGGCAAGCUUACAGGCCUCUCAGGGCAGUGGACCGGCACUACACCCAGCGUACCCAGGCCCGCCACGUGAGGAGCACACUGGAAAACGAUGGUUGGGGCCAACUCAUACUGCAUCGACUGGUUCUAUACCUGUGUGCUCACCCACCGGCCUGGCGGGGAGUAAACGGCGACAUAGCGGGGAGAUCAAGGAUCCAAGAGACAGUGGUCUGGUGGGGCCCUCAUUCUAUCGUGCUCCGAGCCCUGCUACAGAGCAGAUAUUAGAUAAUACCUCUAGGCAAUGGCAUGCUCGUCCAAGCUCCGGCUCAGAGACCACAGCGCCGAAACCAAACGCAGCAAACGAGCCCGUCGAUGUGAUUGACCGAGGCCUUGUGAGCGCGGCCGUGGCAUCGGAAGCUUUCACUAGAUAUGUGAAACAUAUGGCGCCCCAUAUCCCGAUGGUAGUCUUUCCUCCUGGCACCACGAUGGCAGACAUCCGGAAGACCAAACCGGUGCUUCUCCAUGCCAUUAUCGCUACAGCCGUGGGGCCUAUUCAGCCUGGAUUACAGAUUUCACUUAUUGAAGACUUUUACAGGGUCAUUGCGGACCGAGUCGUUGUGAAAGGCGAAAAGUCACUAGAUUUAAUUCAGGGACUUCUUGUGACCUGCAACUGGUAUAUCCCGCCGGACCACUUUGAAGAGCUAAAGUUUUACCAGUUGACUCAUAUGGCUGUGACGUUAGCUAUGGAUAUCGGGAUGUACCGUAGGCCGAUGCCAAAAAGUCGUCCAUGGACCUUGGUCAAAGACCUUAUAUUGAAAAAGUCGCCCUCUCAGGACCCUGAUUCGGCGGAGGCUAGACGGGCAUGGUUGGGUUGUUAUUUUCUAGCUGUGCAGGUUGCUGCCUCCUUGCGACGCACCCUUCUCGUACGCUGGACUCCGUAUAUGGAUGAAUGCAUUGAAAUAUUGGAGAAGUCUUCGGAUGCAUUACCCUCGGACAAAGUGAUGAUACACUGGGCCAAACUAGUACAUAUUAUCGAGGAUAUCCAUCAACAGUUCUGCCCUGACGAUACUGGGUCCAUUGUUGCUUUCUCAGAGCCCAAAGUUCAGUACACCCUCAAAGUGUUUGAAAAACAGCUAGAGCAGCUCCGGAGGGAGCGAGGACCGAGCGAUUUUCCCGUAUUUACGCAAGCUGAAUAUAUUGUCAACCUCUAUCUUCACGAGGGUGCCAUGCAUGUGGAUUACAGCGAGGAUCAGAAGUCGCUAGGGGACGACCAUUCCAGCCCGACAAGCGCCGCACAUAUGAAUGCAUUGAGCACCUGUCUUACUUCAAUUCACCAAGCUAUAGAUACGAUCUGCUCCGUUGACAUCAAGGAUCUCAUCUCUCUGCCUGUUUUUGCCUUGGCUCGGACGUCCUUUACGGUUGUUGCAUUGAUCAAGCUUUAUUCCAUUGUCUCUUCACCGGAAACACAUAUUGGCCAGGUAAUCGAUGUCGCUAGUCUAAAGACCGAAUACUACCUCGACCGCGUGAUCGAACACUACACCAGGGCCGGCGAGCAGGCUGGGGGCCGGACACCGGCCAAGUUCUCGGUAGUAUUGAGCAUGCUUCGGGGGUGGUUUCUGAAGCGCAAGGACCAUGGACUAGCUUUGAGAGACGCUUUCGGUGGUGGACUGCGCCCAAUGAACUGUGGCCAUGACAAGGCCGCCUGUCAAUCAGCCGCAGAGAAAUACCCAAGGAACACGGGCACGACUCCUCUCCACCUAUUGAGCGAAGUCGCUAUGGGCGAGCCGCAGAACCGCCCUAGCUCAGGCCAGGGCCCAUGCCCUUCAUCGACCGCCGAUUACACUCCCUCGGCCUCAGGGCCGGUCAGCCAAACUCCCUCUUCAGACCUUGUAUCGCAAGCGCAACCCCCUCUCGGCCCGAGUCCUGCCCCGACCGCAGGUGGCACGACCGAUUCAGACCCCUGGGCCCAGUACCCGGCUCCCACCCGGCAGUUCUAUCCCCCCUUGACGUCAACCUACCAGGAUAUCCCAGCCUCGGGAUACCCAGAUCCUUCGGUAAAUGGCAACAUGGCAAUGCCGUGGCCGGUGCAGGGGUUCUUCGUGCCGGAGUUGGGAAUGCAGGUGGGGUUUGAGCCGGAGAACCUGUAUGCGCUGGAGAAUAUGUUGGGAGACGGGUUCUUCAACCUGCCUCUCCCAACGGAGGGGAGCGGGUAUUAUUAG